AUGCUGCGGAUAGACAGCUUUAUCAAGGAGUCAGCAAGAGUUUCUGGGAUUGGUAGCGUCACUAUGGGGAGGAAGAUCAUGCGUCCUGUUACAUUAUCGGACGGGACUCGGGCACCUAAGGGGGGGCCACAUAGCAAUCAACUUAUGGGGGUACACCUUUAUGAGAACCCGGAAAAGUUUGACCCAUGGAGAUUCUCAAGGGGAGUCGAGGCUGGAGAAUCUGCUGUAAAGCACGCCUUCACCACGGCAAGUUCCGAUUUCUUAUUCUGGGGCGGCGGGAGCCAUAUGUGUGCUGGAAGAUACUUUGCAUCCCAAGAACUCAAGGCAUGA